GAGAAGUUAUACAGAGUGUUAUAAAUACGACGGAGGAAUCGCAGACCUACAAUUUUCCAAAUUUCAUUAUUGCCGUGAUUAUGGUGAACAACAUCAAGACAUCCGGCUGUCUAUCAAUCACGGCUCCAAGUUUGCUCAAAGAAGCUCUAAAAAUAGACACAUGGAUCCCAAUGGAGGCUUUCGAGCGUGCCACCCAGAAGAAAGUUGGAGUAGUUGUCUAUGAUUCAAAUCAGCAGUUUAAUAACCAUGAUGCUAUAGUGUCCAAAGUCAUACGGAUUGAAAUUCCUGGACCCGACAUUGUGAAUUUGACCGAUCCACUUAUAAUAAAUUUCACACUCAGUAAUUUCACAAAUCACACAAACGGAAACUAUUCUUGUCAAUACUAUGAUGAACAAGGAAACGAAACCUGGAAAACGGAUGGCUGUAACACCACUCAGCUCCCUGAUGUUGUGAAGUGCUCCUGUAAUCACAUGACUGCUUUUGCUGUGCUUCUAGUUGAGGUGAACAAUAUUGAUGAACGCCAGUGGGAAAUCUUGUCGUACAUCAGCUACAUAGGCUGCAGUCUGUCUGCGAUCUUUUCUGCUUUCUGUGUCUUGUCGUUCAUUUUCAACAGGAACGCAAGGGCAGAAGUGUCCAGCAGCAUCCAUGUGUCUCUGAGUGGCGCUCUGUUUCUCCUCAACAUCAGCUUCAUGCUCAGCGAAUGGACUGCCACACUGGGAAAGGAAAAAUUCUGUGUGUUUAUCGCUGUGAUGAUACACUACAGCCUGCUGUCUUGUUUCACAUGGAUGGCUGUUGAAGCCUUGCACCUCUACCUUCUUCUCAUCAGAGUGUUCAACAUUUACAUCAAAAACUACAUGGCCAAGUUGUCCAUGAUUGGAUGGGGCAUCCCUGCAGUUGUUGUUGGAAGUUUGCUUACAAUUCAAUUCACUCAUCCUCUUUAUGGCACCACAAAUGUGACAUUAUCAAAUUCAAAUGCAACAAAUGCAGUUUGCUGGAUCAAAGACCCUAUCGUCCUGUAUGGCGUGAACCUUUCCUACUUCACCGUCAUAUUCAUUUUCAACUUGUUAGUUCUUCUCAAAGUGUCCAGACAGAUCUUUAAGCUAAAGCAAGUGGAGAAAAACAAUCAUAAAAUACCAGUGAAGGACGCGGGAACAGUGCUGGGCCUCAUGUGUCUGCUGGGAACAACAUGGGGUUUGGUGUUUUUUGGCUUUGGAUAUACCAACUACGUUGUACUCUACCUGUUCUGCAUUUCAAAUACAACGCAAGGGGCUUCUAUCUUUCUGUGGAUGUGCCUGACAAUGACAAGACGAGACAAACAGAAAGCAGCUCUUACCAAGUCUUUAUCCACUUUGGACACCAUUGAGAAACAGAAGGAAUAGCCCAUGCCUAACAUUUACCACAUUGCCUUCCUACAACCAAAAUGCAUCAUCUCAAUAAGUUUUUUGAAACCUUUUUUUAAAAGUUAUCUCUCUUUUUUAUACAUUUGGUGCCACUAGAGGCACACAAUCCUACACUCAGUGAACUAUUUCUAUGGGAUAACCAUUUCUAGUGGUGUUUGAAACCAUAGUGGACAUUAUCGAGUACGCUCAUUUAAUCCAAUAAUGCACCACAUAUAUACACUCAAUGGCUAGAAUACCCAUAAUGUGCUGUGAAGGCCCUAAUAUACUUCAAGUGAAAUCAAAUAAUGUGUAUAAUUGUGUAAUAAGUGGGUGUGGCUCUGAGCCUUCUCAUCCAUUCACUCACUUGGUCCAUCUAGGCAAAGAAGACAACACUAGUUGUAGGUAAUAGGUAAUUCAACUGAUUAUAAUUGAAAUUCUGAUUCUAGAAAUAAAGAUAAUAUUCGAUUAAAUUUGCUCAGCUCAGCCAUUUCGAACUUCUUUUCACUCCCUUUUUAAAAAAAUAGACAAUAGUGUUUUGUUUACAUCACAGUUCGCCAGAGCCGUUGAGAUCGGUAAAGCUGCAGUUUAUUCCUAAUAUCUAACAGUUUAUAGUGUAGGGGUUAUAAUGUAGGGGACGGGACGCUUUGGAUUCUAGAGGAUGUGAGUGAUGUCAUCUAAAUCAUUGAUCCAUAUUGGCUGAAGUGAGAGACUGUGGGCGGGGCCUAUAGUGCAAUGAUGUUUAACUAUUCGUCGAUGUCUUACUCCGGAGGCAGUCAUUUUCAAAUCUAUUUGCCCAUGUGACGUCACAGAUCCACAAUAUCAAAAUAAGCUGUUUUUGAAGCUGGAUUAAAAAAAUGCUUAGUUUAUAAUGACGUUUUAAGCUCUGAAAAUGGUACAAAGACCUCUUAUAUGUCAAAAGAUCACGGCAAAUAUGAUUUCUCUUGUCAUCAUCACCCCUUGAAUUGUUUUCUUUAUCUCUUUAUUUUACCAUGUGAACCUUUUAUAGUUAUAGUUUUAGUUUAAAUUAGUUAUAUAGAGUAUUUUAUCAUAUUGAUAUUGUCAAUAUUGUUUGUACAAUUGUAUAGUGUGGAUGAGAGUAUAGGAGGCGAAUCAGAUUAAAAAGGACACUUUUUCCCUGUCAUCUCAAUAACAAAAAGUGUCCCAAAUCAACUUGAAUUUAUAUGUAUAAGAAUAAAGAAAUCGAACUAUGGGUUGGGAACUAUGCUUUUUAUAACAGCAAACAAGAAAUUACUUUUUGAACUUCUUGAAGAAAUUAAUCUUGUACUUUAGAGAAGUUUCGGUAUUUACUUUAUGGAUGUGGGUGAGUGUUUCCUUUGCACUGAUCAUAGUAAAUUAAGCUAAUUUAUUUUUCCUAUACUGUAAUUUAUUGCAACUGCAUAUUUCAUUGAUUUGUAAUAAUAAUAAUACAAAUGUAAAUGCUCUGUUUUACAAUCACAUAAUAA